UUCCUCAAAGCAAUUACAGUGUCAAUAAUAUUCAUAUAAUAAAUUAUCUUAAUUAAUACUCAUACGUGUUUAAAUUAUAAUUACAGCAGUUCCCGAGCUUCGCGUAACCUGGCGGAAAAACAGCGACGUGAUAAUCUAAACACCAAUAUCGCGAUGAUGGCAGCAUUAGUACCCAAUAUAGCGUCAAGCUCAAAGCGUCACGACAAAAUUUCUAUUCUCAGACUUGCCGCUGCUUAUCUGCGGUCUAAUUUUGCAAUUGGUCCUGGUAUUCGCGAUUUCAUCCCGCUGGAGUACAGUGAUAUCGACCUUGAAGAAAAUUUUGUUGACGGCUUCGAUGGAACGGGAAGUUUUCUUCUAGUCGUUACAAUAACCGGCAAUAUUGUUUACAUCAGUCCACGUGUGGAAGGACCUCUUGGUUACUCACCAGUUGAAAUGAUGGGUAAAUCAAUCUUCUCAUAUGUACAUCCGGAAGAUCAUUCAGAGCUUUCAAAAGCGCUAACACCCGAUGAAUAUGUUCAGCCAGUCAAAAAAAUAGCGUAUUACAAUGAAGACUGCAGCACCAAUGAAGAAACCACAAAUACUUCUUCUAAUUCUACAGCUGUUUCUACAAUAACAAAUAAUAAUAAUAGUAAUAUUAAUCAUAAUAGUAACAGUAAUUUCAAAGAACAGCGACGUAGUUUUUACGUUAAAAUAGCACAACGUACCAAUUCAAGAGGUGAGCAUACGCAAUUUAAAUGUUUUCACGUAUCGGGCGUAUUACGACUGGCUGAUUUUUUAAGGAAGAAAAAUAAUUCAGAAAAUUCACCAGCAGUAGCAGCAACAAGUAAUGAUAUUAUAUUUACUGGUAUUGCUAAAGUGAUCCACAAGCGUAUCACUGAGUUAUCAUUGUAUGAAGCUAACAAGCAAGAAUACAUAACAAGGCACCUAGUAGAUGGCCGAAUUGUAUUCAGUGAUCACAGAAUAGCUCUGGUAGCUGGAUAUAUGUCUGAAGAAGUAUCUGGUGUCAAUGCCUUCCGAUUUAUGCACAAGGACGAUGUAAUGUGGGCAAUUACAGCAUUAAGACAAAUGUACGAUCGCCGUGAAGGUUUUGGCACCUCGUGCUACCGUUUGCUCUCAAAGAGCGGUAAAUUUAUUUAUUUACGUACCCACGGUUGGCUAGAAUUCGACAACAAAACCGGGACCUUCGAGUCAUUCAUCUGCGUCAACACUCUGGUAGAAAAAGACGAAGGGGAGAAUUUAAUAAAAGAACUGCGCAAUCGUUUCUCAGCCACAGUAACGCAAAUCAGCGCAACAUCAGCCGGAACCUUAACAGUAGCAUCAUCUUCAUCAGUUUCAGCAUUGUCGCCUUCUCUAUCUUCCUCAUCUUCAACAACCUCAUCAUCAUCUUCCUACUUCUCGCCUUGUUCGCCUCCAAAAUUUGGCCUGUCGCCCGAUUUAUCAUCUUCAUCAGCAGCAGUAACUACCACAGCGCCAACAGCAGUAGUUCCAACCUCCACCACAUCAUCAUCUUCUUUGUCUACAGCAACGCCAUCUACUCCAGCGUCAGUUGGGACGCUAAAAAAAUCGCCUUCACAAUCGGAACAAAAUGUCGAGGAUCCAACCCAGCUUGAAGAUGCUAUUUAUCAAUUAAUUAGCACACUUAAGUCUCCAACAACAGCUUCAAAUUUAUCACCACCUACUUCUGAUAUCGAGUGUAACCCGGAGAUUGCCGAAACAACCUCGAUUUCUUCAGCUAUGACGUCAGCGGUGCCAACGCCAUCUAGCGGAGCUAGUAGUAACUUGUAUAAAUUAUUUUCAGCGGAUAAUAAUAUUUCUAAGGUGGAAAAUAAUAAAUUUGAAGAUGAUACGAGUCAUAAAAAUAAACGGAUUAAAACAGAAUUAUCAAAUUCAAUUGAUUCAUCAAUAAAUCAAUUAAAUGGUUAUGAUAAUAAUCGUAAAAAAAAAAUAAAUUGUCAUAAUUCGACAAAAUUAUUAAAUAACAGUGAAAAAAAAUUAACUGACGAUAAAUUAAUAAUAAAUGAUAAAAUGUUAAGUUUAAAUAGUCAAAAUUUAUUAUUUAGUGGUAAUAAAAUAAAUAAUAGAUUAAUGAAAAAUAAUGUCGAUAUUAAUAAUGAUGAUGGUGAGGAUAAUUUGAAGCAAUCGAACAAUAUUUAUUUAAAAUAUAAUAAUGGUAAUGUAAAUAAAAAUGAACAAGAAGCUACAACGUGUGUUAAAAUUGAAUUAAAUGGUAUAGGUAUUAAACGUCCUGGUGAAGAUGAUAAACGUAAAGAUAAACGACGGCAUAUUUCAAUCAGUUCAAGCGAUCAAGUUAAUAAUUUAAUUGUUGUUAAAAAUAAUGAAUUAAUUGUUAAUAAAUUAAAAAUACAGGAGAAAAAAUUUUCCGGGGAUGAUAAUGAUGAUGAUAGGGUGAUACACGUUAAUCAAUCAAAUAAUUUAAUAAUAGAUAAUAAUCAAGUGGAUAAUGAUAAAAAAGCUAUUAUUGAUAAUGAUACAUUAUUUAAUAUAGAUAAUCAUAUUAAUGGACAAAGUGAACAAUUUGGUCAGGUUAAAUUAAUUUAUAAUGAAAAAGAUUGUGAAACGAUAAAAAAUUAUCAACAAUUAAAAUCUCAAUGUCAGAGUAAUAUUAUUAACAACUUUAAAGAUGAUAGUAAUGACUAUACCAUUUAA